UUGAGGUACGAGAGAAAGUAACUGCUCAACAUUUUCCAGCAUCAGGAUUUGAAUCCUGGCCUCUUAGCCAGCUCUGUGCUGCCUCAUUUACAUAACAAAAGUUGAUUCUUCUCAGAAUUGGCUCCAUGGUCACUGGAUUUAACAAUUGCUACAAAGAGAAAGAGUGUGAUCAUUAUUAAAAAUGCAAACAAUGAAGACGUUUCUAACAUAAGGAGUAAAUUCCUAACCUCAUUACCCUCCCAAUCAUCACUCUUCGGAGGUAACUACAGAAAAAUCUGGGUAUGUAUCCUCCUAAACCCUUUUCCACACCUUUACAAACAUACUCAUAUGUUUAUACAAAACUGGAAUCAUUUCUACAAAACAAAGAAUGGAAUGGCUAGCAGUGUCUUUUGCAGAGAAGUAUUUUCUGACCACCUUAGCCAAAGAAGCACCCCACUUCCUCCUCUACUCUCCCUCUCUCAAGACCCUGUUUGUUUCCUUCUAUGUUAUUGGAUCGGUGGUGUUUUGCUUUGAAAUGGAGGUGGGUACCAAUAAAUUAAUUCCAUUUGACACCUUGAGGGCGGCUAAUUAGCCUAUUAAGAGUCCUAAUCUGAAUCAACCCCUAGGCUUGGUUAAUAAGCAUAGGAAGAUUACAAGUAAUUUUUGACUAGUGAAAUUAGUGGUUAUCAGGGUAUGCAAGACUGCUACAUAAUUUGCCUGGUUCAGUGCAAAAUGAAAAUAUGGGGCCCCUUGUUCAAAAAGCAGGGAAAAGUGCCACUACAGAUACUAAAAUAUAACUCUCUUUCUUUUUUUCUGUGGUCAAUUGACCUGUCAUGGUGUUUAUUCGAUAUUUAAUAUUGUACUCCCUUGGGCACAGGGAUACAUGUGGGUGGGUGCAGACUCUCCUAGAUAUGCCUUCUACUGCCUCAUCCCCCACUCGGAGACCCACUGGCUGCUGGGUUCCCUCCUGCCAGCUGCCAGACCAGUGCACUAUGCCCCAGCCAGGUGAAAAAAUCAAGCCAAGCAUUUCCUUUUCCCACAGGCCCACCAUCCCAGCCCGUGGUGGAUGGCCGACCCCCAGGAGUGUUGCAACCUCUGCACCAGGACACUCCAGGAGCUUGGAUUCGGGGGUGAAGCUCUGGGCCUCGGCUUUUGGUGGGGAGAUAAAAUCCAUCGCUGCUAAGUACUCUGGCUCCCAGCUUCUUCAAAAGAAAUACAAAGAAUAUGAGAAAGACGUUGCCAUAGAAGAAAUCGAUGGCCUUCAACUUGUGAAAAAGCUGGCAAAGAACAUGGAAGAGAUGUUUCACAAAAAGUCAGAAGCAGUGCGGCGUCUGGUGGAGGCUGCAGAGGAAGCACACCUGAAGCAUGAAUUUGACGCAGACUUGCAGUAUGAAUACUUCAAUGCCGUGCUGAUCAAUGAGAGGGACAAAGAUGGGAAUUUCUUGGAGCUGGGGAAGGAAUUCAUCUUAGCCCCAAAUGACCACUUUAAUAAUUUGCCUGUGAACAUCAGUCUGAGUGACGUCCAAGUGCCAACAAACAUGUACAACAAAGACCCAGCAAUUGUCAAUGGUGUUUAUUGGUCGGAAUCCCUGAACAAAGUUUUUGUAGAUAACUUUGACCGCGACCCGUCUCUCAUAUGGCAGUACUUUGGAAGUGCAAAGGGCUUUUUUAGGCAGUACCCAGGGAUUAAAUGGGAACCAGAUGAGAAUGGAGUCAUUGCCUUUGACUGCAGGAACCGAAAAUGGUACAUCCAGGCAGCCACUUCUCCAAAAGAUGUGGUCAUUUUAGUUGACGUCAGUGGCAGCAUGAAAGGACUCCGUUUGACUAUAGCGAAGCAAACAGUCUCGUCUAUCUUAGACACGCUAGGGGAUGACGACUUCUUCAACAUAAUUGCUUAUAACGAGGAGCUUCACUAUGUGGAACCUUGCCUGAAUGGGACGUUGGUGCAAGCUGACCGGACAAACAAAGAGCACUUCAGGGAGCAUCUGGACAAACUUUUUGCCAAAGGAAUCGGAAUGCUGCAUAUAGCUCUGAAUGAGGCCUUCAGCAUUCUCAAUGAUUUCAACCACACGGGACAAGGAAGUAUCUGCAGCCAGGCGAUCAUGCUCAUAACUGAUGGGGCGGUGGACACCUACGACGCCAUCUUUGCAAAAUACAACUGGCCAGAUCGAAAGGUUCGCAUCUUCACGUAUCUCAUUGGAAGAGAGGCUGCUUUUGCAGACAACCUCAAGUGGAUGGCCUGUGCCAACAAAGGAUUUUUCACCCAGAUCUCCACGUUGGCUGAUGUGCAGGAAAAUGUCAUGGAAUACCUCCAUGUGCUCAGCCGGCCCAAAGUCAUUGACCAGGAGCACGAUGUGGUGUGGACCGAAGCUUACAUCGACAGUACUCUCCCUCAGGCACAAAAGCUUGCCGAUGAUCAGGGCCUUGUCCUGAUGACCACGGUCGCCAUGCCUGUAUUUAGUAAGCAGAACGAAACUAGAUCGAAAGGCAUUCUUCUGGGUGUGGUUGGCACAGAUGUCCCAGUGAAAGAACUUCUUAAGACCAUCCCCAAGUACAAGUUAGGGAUUCACGGUUAUGCCUUUGCAAUCACAAAUAAUGGAUAUAUCCUGACGCACCCAGAACUCAGGCCACUGUACGAAGAAGGAAAGAAGCGAAGGAAACCUAACUAUAGUAGUGUUGACCUCUCUGAGGUCGAGUGGGAAGACAGAGAUGAUGUGUUAAGAAAUGCCAUGGUGAAUCGGAAGACGGGGAAGUUUUCCAUGGAGGUGAAGAAGACAGUGGACAAAGGGAAACGGGUUUUGGUGAUGACAAAUGACUACUAUUAUACAGACAUCAAGGGUACUCCUUUCAGUUUAGGUGUGGCGCUGUCCAGAGGCCAUGGGAAGUAUUUCUUCCGAGGGAAUGUAACCAUUGAAGAAGGCCUGCACGACUUAGAACACCCAGAUGUGUCCUUGGCAGAUGAAUGGUCCUACUGCAAUACUGAUCUACACCCCGAGCACCGUCAUCUGUCUCAAUUAGAAGCUAUUAAGCUCUACCUCAAAGGCAAAGAACCUCUGCUGCAAUGUGAUAAAGAAUUGAUACAAGAGGUCCUUUUUGACGCCGUGGUGAGUGCUCCCGUCGAAGCAUAUUGGACCAGCCUCGCCCUCAACAAAUCAGAGAAUUCUGAUAAGGGCGUCGAGGUUGCCUUCCUUGGCACUCGCACCGGCCUCUCGAGAAUCAACCUGUUUGUUGGGACUGAGCAGCUCACCAAUCAGGACUUCCUGAAAGCUGGAGACAAGGAGAACAUUUUCAACGCAGACCAUUUCCCUCUCUGGUACCGAAGAGCCGCCGAGCAGAUUCCAGGCAGCUUUGUCUACUCGAUCCCGUUCAGCACAGGAACAGUCAACAAAAGCAAUGUGGUGACAGCAAGCACCUCCAUCCAGCUCCUGGAUGAGCGGAAAUCUCCCGUAGUGGCAGCUGUAGGCAUUCAGAUGAAACUCGAAUUUUUCCAAAGGAAGUUCUGGACUGCCAGCAGACAGUGUGCCUCUCUGGAUGGCAAAUGCUCCAUCAGCUGCGACGAUGAGACUGUGAACUGUUACCUCAUAGACAAUAAUGGAUUUAUUCUGGUGUCUGAAGACUACACACAGACUGGAGACUUUUUUGGUGAGGUCGAGGGAGCCGUGAUGAACAAAUUGUUAACAAUGGGCUCCUUUAAAAGAAUUACCCUUUAUGAUUACCAAGCCAUGUGUAGAGCCAACAAGGAAAGCAGUGAUGGUGCCCAUGGUCUGCUGGAUCCUUACAAUGCCUUCCUCGCUGCAGUUAAAUGGAUAAUGACAGAACUUGUCUUGUUCCUGGUGGAAUUUAACCUCUGCAGUUGGUGGCACUCAGAAAUGACAGCUAAAGCCCAAAAAUUGAAACAGACCCUGGAGCCUUGUGAUACUGAAUAUCCAGCAUUUGUCUCUGAGCGCACCAUCAAGGAAACCACAGGGAACAUUGCCUGUGAAGACUGCUCCAAGUCCUUUGUCAUCCAGCAAAUCCCAAGCAGCAACCUGUUCAUGGUGGUGGUGGACAGCAGCUGCCUCUGCGAGUCCGUGGCCCCCAUCACCAUGGCACCCAUUGAAAUUAGGUAUAAUGAAUCCCUGAAGUGUGAACGUUUAAAGGCCCAGAAGAUCAGAAGACGUCCAGAAUCUUGUCAUGGCUUUCAUCCCGAGGAGAAUGCAAGGGAGUGUGGGGGUGCACCAGGUCUCCAGGCCAAGCUGUUCCUUAUUCUGCUCCCGCUGCUUUGGAUGCUCUUCUCAAGGUGACACUGACUGAGGUGUCCUCUUGGCAUGCUAGAUCAUGGAUAAACUGUGAACCAAAAUAUGGUGCAACAUAGGAGACAUGACUAUAAUCCAACCAUCAGCAUCUCAUGAUUUUCAACUGUGCGUGACAUAAACUCUUGAAGAUAUGUUGACAAAAAAAGUUAUCUUUUUACUUUGCCCAUCAUGCAAAUGUGAGUUUGCCACAUGAUAUACCCUUCAUCACAAAUGGGCCUGCAGGUGGUAGGCUGUUUCCCUUCUGCUUGGAACUCAUUCAAACCAAUUUAAAACUGUGUACUUUUUAAAUAAAGCAUAUUAAAAUCAUAA